AUGUUCGCCGUCUCCGUGUCGCCCGUCUCUGUGGGCUCCAAUAUCUUUUUCGCAUUCGCCCUCUGCUCGAUCUCGGUGCUGGUACUGCUACUUCUGCGCCGCUUUCUGACCCUCCGCGCAACGCCGGCCUAUCUGCUGGUUCCCGUGUUCCUCGCCCUCGCCCUGCCCGCAAGCGUUGUGCUCCUCGUACCAAUCGAUCUCGCAUCCAGCGCGCGGAAUGGCACCGGCCCCAAGGCAAUCUGGUUGCCGGAUCGCAUGGUCCUGGUAUGCUGGCGGAUUGCCUACUGGCUCAUCUUCAUGCUGACCUGGGCCAUCCUUCCUCUUCUCGGCGACUACGUCGACUCCGGAUACCGCGAACCCAAGGCCCGCAUCCUUUACUCCCUCCGCUCCAAUGCCCGAUACCAGUUGAUAGUUUUGACCUGCGCGGUCGUCGGACUCAUCUACGUCUCGAUCUCCAAUGGGUUCGAGUUCACAUCGAUCAAGGGUCUCGCCAUGGCUCUGGCGUAUGUCUGGGGCCUUGUCCUCGCCAUCUACCUGAUGGGCCACGGCCUGGUUACCAUUCCACGCAAUCUGUUCCGCAAUGCCAACGUGAGUGGCCGUUUGAAGCGAAUCCAAGCGCAUGCUCCCAAAGUACACGAUCGCCUGAUGGACGCCGUGAACAAAUUGGAGAGCCUCAACUCGCAAGUCGCCCAGCUCCAGCAGCGAAAGACCGGGACCGCUCGCGACUUCCAGGAAUGGAUCGACGACCUUUCCGAAGGCUCCGGCUCCGGGGAUGUGCGGGUCCCCAUCCUCGAGACUCCCGAGACAUCUGGCACCGUCCCCUCGGUCAUCACUGAGCGCUACCUAGCCGACCUCACGAGGCGAUUGCAACGCGCUCGGCAUAUGAAGGCUCGUUUUGUUGAUGAGUGGGAUCGCCUGGUCAUGCUGGCUGCGGAUCUUCAAGCCAUCAUCAACUCCGCUGCGUCAAAAAAGCUCGAGUUCGGCGUCGGCCCCCGCCGGUCAUCCUGGUUGCCGAAAGUCAAGUUUUUGAACCCCUACUUGCGGUAUCAACUGUACUACAAUGUCAUCCCAACUGUGCGCAUGGUCUUCGGUGCUUUCUUUGCGGUGGUCUCGGUGUGCAUCGUCUGGUCCGAACUGAUCAAGUCUCUGGCCCCGCAAUUCUCCGCCAUCACCUUGACCGUCGUCCCCAACUGGAAGGAUGAAAGGCCCAUUGGCUUUGGGAGCCAGGUCACCGCCUCCAUCUGGCUGUUGUACAUGUGCUCCGCCGCUCUGGUCGGUGUCAACGACGUCCAGGUCUGGGGUAAUAGGGCUCUGGUACGCCGCAACACCUACGGCGAGAGCGCAUGCUGGUACGCCAGUCUUGUGGCCCGUCUCACCGUCCCCAUCGCCUACAACUUCUUGACAUUCCUGCCGAAGGACUUCCGCCGCAGCACCACCUUCUAUGAAUUCUUGGGUCGCCUCAUUAACCUCACACCUCUCGGCAAGGGCUUUGAUUUCAUCUUCCCGAUGUUCAUCCUCCUCCCCAUAUGUGCCACCUUGUUCAACCUGUACAGCCGCAUCAAGAACAUCUGCGGCUUCGACCUGGCAGAGGACGACGACCUGCACGAUGUCGAGAACAACCCGGCCGGGUACGGCGUGGGCGGCUGGCGCGAGGGCCGCGACCUGAUCGAGCGCGAGCUCAACGGCUUCGGAUCCCUGGCCGUUUCUUCGCGUGGUGGCCGCUCAACCUGGGCAUCGGACCGCAGCGACGACGAAUCGCUCGGCUCAUCUCGACUGCGCGUCCCCACGGCUGAGGGCUCCCGUUCCCCCCGGCCAGCCCAGCGGCCCGUCACCGCGCCCACCGUUGUUGACGGCGAGGAGGAAGAAGAGGAGAAUUUCUUCCAGUCCUUCGCGCACCGCGUGCGCAACACCUUCGAGACCACCGGCACACCCCAGUGGUUCCAAGGAGAGCCCUUCCGCCUGCCUCGCUGGAUGUCAGGCGACAACAACACUAGCGAAGAAGGUGGUGUGACGCGGCUAUUCGGUGGCCGGGCCGUGCCUGGACGGCUGCGCCUGGGCUAA